GUUGGUCACGUGAUUAAAGGUUAGCAAGAAUGUGUGUACUAGGAAGCUAUGAGACCUCAAGUGUAAAAAAGAUGUUAUAAACGUAGCAACAAACAAUGUCAGAAGGUGGUGACGGGGACCCUGUGGCCAGUUCAUCUGGGACUCUGCGUUCGAAUUUCUCUUUGGGAAGAGGACUGUCAGGACGCUCGUUACUGAAUCCGACACCUCCAGGCAGACUCACGUCCCUGCGCUCCAGAGACCUGACGCUGGGGGGAUUUAAAAAGAAAACGUUCGUACCAAACGUCCACUCCAUUCGUAAAAGCAAAGACGAGUUAAAGGAGGAGCUGCGUACUGCUCCGAAGAAGGAGAGAAGAGACAGGGAAGACAGGCAGAGAGAGCGCAGGCGCAGAGAAAGACCUCAGACUAUUCAGUCACACUCCAUUUUUGAACAGGGUCCUGCAGACACCUUCAGGAAAACAGGAAGCUGGGGGACCACAAACCUAUGCGACUACGAUCCUUCAGUUCUUACUAAGAGUAUUAAAAAGGAGAGGAACGUUCCGGAAGAUGACGAUGAUGAUGAAAUUUUAGAAAAGCUUCAGCGAGAUGAUUUCAUAGACGAUCCUGGCCUGAAAAACGAUCCCAAGCAGACGCCAAUAAAACUUCCACUGCAUCAGUCGUUCAGCUGCUUGCCGACGGAGACGUCUUUAAAAGAUGAUCACGCUUUCUCAAAGUCAGCAAAAAUACGCGAAAAGAUUCCAGAGCCGACGAGCAGAACGUACGCAGGUCCUCAGCCUCCGAGCGUCGGAGACCUUUUCCGGCAGUUGAGCGUAUCAGAGAAGGAAGAGCUUUUAUUCAUCCAGCUUCCCGAUACCAUACCCGCCCCGAAAAAAGCUGCAAAAAGUGAAAAGUCUGGGAAAAAAUGUGAUGUUGAAGACAAGCGUGCGUCUCACACGAGAACCCAAGAUCCAGGGGAGAAAGAGGCAGCGCCGGUGCUCUCCGACUUCACUGAAGGAUACAUAGGAAAAGUGCAAAUUAGGAAAUCAGGCAAAGUGCAGCUAGUCAUAGGGGACGUUACACUGGACGUGUCUGAAGGAGCAGCUUUUUCAUUUCUCCAGCAACUGGUGUGUGUGCGGCUCACGGAGGGACUGACGGGUGACCUGACGGUGCUCGGUGACGUCAGACACAAGCUGGUGUGUUCCCCUGACUUCCAGACUCUCCUAAAAGGGGUUAAGGCUCCAUCACUCAUCCAACCGGUCUUAAAUUCCGUUCAUACGGGAUAAACUUCCCAGAAGAGAAUUCGCUCUUAUAGCAGGUUUGCAGUUCUGCAAACACGUGGGUUGUUUUGGAAAGUCAGAUUUGAUUUUAUUAUUCACUGUUUAUAUUUGUUUAAUUUAAAACUUGCUCGUCAGUUGACCGUAGAUAACGAUUUCAUGUCUCUGUGGUUUACUUUUUACAGCAUACCAGGGAAUCUUUACUAACAUGUCUGUUUACAGACCGUGCUUUAUCUUACCGUCCGUUUAUAAUAAGGGAAAGAUGACUUUAAUCUUCCCAAAUUAGUUGUCAUGACAACACACGGUGUUGCUUUUACAAGCGGGGUUGAGAGAGAAACUCUUGGUAACAUUUUUAAUAUAACCGUGAAAGUGGAUUUUGUACACGAUUAUUUUGUAACGUUCGUCAUUUAAACACGUGAUGUGAACGACGUUUGUCAAUUUAGGGAACUCUGGUUAUCCUGACGUUAUCACCUCGUAUCCUGCACACUUACAUUUACAGCAUUCUGCUGACGCACUUAUCCAUUUUAUCUGUUUUUUUUUUUAAUAUACAACUGAGCGAUUAAGGGUUAAGGGCCUUGCUCAGGGGCCCAGUGGUCCAACAGCAUAGCCACUAGUCUACCACAUCCUCCACAACACAGUGUUACAGACUAAGAAGAAAAAAAGAAGGCAUUAAACAGACAGAUUUACAAUCUUAGUGAUUAACACAGAUCCAUACUGUAGUAUUCACAUCAUGUUUAUUCUUUACUGGUCUUUCCUGGUUGAACGUAGAAAGCAGAACUGACCAUUUCGAUCACUCACAUGUCUGUCCCACUAGACAAUUAAUAGUCUAUAGCAUGUAAAAUAGUCUAGCUGUUUUUUUAUUCAGUUGUGUUACAAUGAUCCUAGAUUAUAAAUCAGGAAAAAUCUACAGUGGUCAAGGCUUAAAAAGUCAUAAUGUUUAUUUGGGGUUUCAGCUGAAAUGUCUGGACUUUGUCACAUAAUCACUUCCUGUUUUAAUGUAAUAUUGUAAUCUGAAUUGACUGUGUAGAUACUUUGUGGUGCUUGUUUUGAUAGAAAAUGUUGAUAUUUAUUAAGUAAAGAUGUGAUACAGAAAAUGAA